AUGGGGAAGGUUACAAGGAAGCCACAGGAGAAACACAAAGUGUCUUUGUCACCUGCGGUGUCGGAUUUCGUUACGAAGGUGUCCACCGCCCCUCUCGCAGAUCUACCGGCUCUUUUCAACGGGUGGUCGCAGAGAUGGCAAUAUCCUCGUGGCGAUCUGAACAACUGGAUCGAACCUCUUGACCGUUUCGACAGUAUCCUGCAAAAGUUCAGCAAAACAUAUGGACUGGACCGAGGUCCCCAGACCAUACCUUUUGGCCUCUCGCUACUCCUUGAGGAGUGCCCGGGGAUCGACGAAAAGAGACUUAAAGAACUAGGGUUUGGCCCAGAAGGUGAUAGAGAAUUGAUCGAGGCUGUUUUGGUCUUUUCUAAACUGCUGGUGGAAAAAUGUGCGAACCGAGCCGUCUACAAUAGCGCUGACCGGUUGAACGAUCUUCUGAAUACCACAUCGCUAUCUUUGCUGCACAGUACACUGCGGAUCACAUUCUUCCUGUCGCAGAAACACGCACAGCGAUCCGCCGCUUCACAUCAUCUCGCGGCAAAGUUUCACGACUUGGAUCCUGAACGCCUCCAGAGACUCGCUUCCCCUCUUGGUAAACCUCUGCCAUCCGCCGUCAAGCGUGGAACGACAUCACCCGUUAAGACGACUAAAUCUAAAGACAAGCCCGUACCUGCGAGUAAAGGAAGACGAGGCUCCACGGCAGUGAACCCCAACGACUUUCGUUCUCUUUGUAGAGAGACUGUGUCACACAGUGACCGUGGCAAGUCCGUCGCUGCAGCCGAUCGGGAAUGGCAAGCAUGGGCUUACGUCAAAGUGUCUUGGUCGUCCGCCAGUUCUGAGCAGUCUCCUUCAGGCGAAGCCUCGCAAUCGUCUGAAGCCCCGUCAACUCCGACACCAAUCCGACAGUCUUCCUCAGGACUCGGCAGAGUUGAUAUAAAUGACUCGCCCACUGGAAGUGGUAGUCGUCCCGCGGCGGUACCAGAUGCCCAAGAUGUUUCGUCGAGGUCCAUUGAGCUUUCUCCCACAGAUUUGGCAAACAAUACCAUCGAGUCGAUAUUGCGAAAUCAGCCCGCUGACUUGCCAUCCAAGGCGCGCUACGAGCUGCUGCACCAGCUUCGGGUCGCCUACGGCUUGAUCACGUCGGUCAAGACUCGAAAAGAACUCCUUGCUGUGCGACUCUUGUCAAUUGCUAGCCUUGCAAAUGUCUUCAAUGAACCCGAACUCUCUCAAAGGUUGUUUUCAGUGGAACAAGGUGAUUCAAAGCCUCAAGAAUUGGUCCGACAACUCGUUAGUCUCAUUCACGACAAUAAGAGAGCCCAGCCAUCAGUAUCCUUGUAUCUUCAAACCAUCGCCAUGGAGACAAUGGGGGUGCUUGGACGUUUCAAGUCAUUUGCUUCCGACAUUAAUACUGCGCUUGGUGCCGGUUCAAGUCAAGGACUUCUCUCACAAUUGAUCCAAAAAGGCUUGAACGAUAUUGCCAAGGACAAUGAUAGCACGGAUACCCCAGGGGGUGAUGAUUGGAGGGAGGCAAUCUUCUCUAUGCCUAAUACUCUGAUCGAGGCUGCUGGCCAUCAUGGACGCUCCAGCGAGGCCGUCAUCGCAUCAAGCUUCAUUACCACCUACCUGUCCGGCUUUAACAUUACUACUGGGAAAGCGUUGAGGGUCCAUAUGCGAAUGCUCGAUUUCAUCAAGACCUUUUUUCAUCACUUCAAGGACGGCCUGGCAACCUUACAGGCGUGCAAUGCCUUUGAGGCCAUUAGCAACCUUUUUGGCAGCCUGGUGAAUAAUGCAUGGGCCCUGUACGAAGCGGGUGAUGGUAUUCCUCCACAGCACAAGACUCGAGCAACAGACUACGAAAUUCCAUACCUACAUCAGCAAAUUAUCCGCUCAAUCCUUGAUAUGAUCAAUGACAUCAGCAGCCACCAAGGUGCACAAGCGGAUCGAGUAUUGAGAAGUUUGGUAGACUCUCAGGCGUUGCUUCGUGCAUUGCGUCUUAUUACCGACCACUUGGCUGCUUUCGGUGCCCGCACCUGGGGAGAGGUAAUUAAAGCAGUUUGUGGAUUCCUUCACAGUGAACCAACGAGUUAUACGGUCAUCUCUGAGGCGGGAAUCGUCCAGAGCAUGCUGGAUACCGUCAACGCUUCUCAGACUCCUUCUAGCCAGGGGCGUGGGAAACUCGUCUCUUCAGCGCCUGUGAAUCGCCCUCAAGGCGUUCCACCUGUCACCGAAGCGAUAAUCAAUGUCGCACAGGUCUUUGGUGCUAUUUGCUUGACCAGCGCCGGGUUCGACUUAUUUAAAUCCUCUGGCGCUCUUGAGAAGUUUUUCGAAAUUUUUGAAUCACCCGAUCAUGUCAAAAUAUUCCGCAACGACGCAAAUCUUCCGGCGUUACUUGGUUCGGCCUUUGAUGAGCUCGUUAGACAUCAUCCGAACUUGCGAAAUGCCGUAAUGAGCGCUGUUGUCGUCAUGGUCUCUCGUGUGAGGCACAUGACCAGGUCACUUGCCGUUAAUAUCGGAGCAGGUCCAAAACUGUGGCUUGGUUCUGAAGAAGACUUGGCUCCAUGUGGUGGUCGUGAGGCCCUUUCGCAGGAGAUAACGCCCCCAAUUGCACCGGAUUUCGAUGAUUCGUCUUCUUCAAGAGCAAUCGAGCUUCCAAAUGGCGGAAAGCUGGUGAUCGAGGCCGACGUACCUCCUCAAACUGUUGUUCGUGGAACUCCCAGCGACCAGGACAGCAACGAUCUAGAUGCCAAUGACUAUGCCAGACCUGCUAUUUCCUUCUUGGUGGCAUUUUUUGAGAAUCAGUCUCUCUGCACAAGUUUCAUCGAGUGUGGAGGAUACGAUCUAGUCUUGGACUAUAUCACUUUGCCGAGCCUACCAGUUGGACAUCAGCCCUUCGAUCGUCGUGAUGGUCUGUUUCAAGAUUUGUCUUCUGCUGUCCAUAUGAUGGUAGAAACGAAGCCUCAUCUUGUGCUCCCUCUACUGGCAGAUCGGGCACGCUUCGCUUGUUCCGAGUUGAAGCACUUCAGCCAGUGCCAGCCGAAAGACUGGAGUUGUUACUUUGAACCACUCAUCAAAGCUAGACCAAACCCGGUCAUUCCCGGCAAGAGCCCAGCUCCGGAUUUGUCUGAGGUGGAGGUCAAUGGCACUCGGGUGGCAAAAGCCAUGAUGGCUGUGUUUUGCCUGAGUCAGGUCCUCGCCGAGGUGUUUAACGUUCCAAUCUACAACCCGCGAUCGUCGCAGAGUAAUCUUUUUGGUCUUGUCAAUCUUGCUGAUAUCUUUGCUGAUAUCUGUAACAUGAUGGGAAGCAUCUCGGCUGCCUGCUAUCGCGAAUACAUUGCCCUCCAAAAUUCAGUACCCGAAUCGUGGAUUUCGCCAACCCGACCGGACAAUUUUACGACAGGUGAUUUCGAAGUGGAUAGAAUUCUGAAUGCUCGCCACCAUAACCAUCACUCUUCUGGGACUUUGACGCCUGACCAUAAGGACAGAGAUGGAACGUCCGACUCUGAAGGCGCCAAGUUGGGUGAAGACAAACAGACACCUUUUUACAAAAAUGUCCAGACGCUGCGGUAUUUACUGGUUGAGGCGCCAGGGGCCAUUACAGACUUCUUGUGCCGUUUUGGGCGUGGCAUCGCAGGCCGUCGACGUAUCUCUGACACAUUCUCCAGGCAGAAGACUGCUUUGGCCGCCAAUGCUCUUGCUUCAGCAUAUCUAGCUCAACUUCAGCCAUACUUCCUCAGCCCCAAAUCCACUCAGGGCGACAAAUCCGAAGAUACGGAGCUUCGCUUCACAUAUCUUGUUGUUGCUCUGGAUAAUGUCCGUCGCAGCUUCAAUGACGAUAGUCAUCAUUCCUCCGGGCCGGUGAAUCAUCCAACCCGGCAAAGCUUCGUCGUGGAAGCAUUCCGGAAGGCAGGAGGCAUCAAAACCUUGACGAGUAUUGGCACAGAAUUUUUUGACAAACUGAAGUCAUGCAAGGUAGAGCAUUCAAUAUUUCAAGCCAAUGCUGGCCUCAAAAUUUGUCUCGAUAUGUUGGACGAGUUCUCCAAUUCAAGGAGCAUUAUGGAAUCGGCCCAAUCGACCUCUAUGAAGAACACGGACCCUACGAGACAGUACUAUUUCGUUCCGGCCCAAGUUCUACUCAACCUUCGAAUGGAAGCGUUGCCAUUGACUCUAUUGAUCUGGGAAAGCGACUAUGCAGAUCAGGCUUCCAAAGACGUCGUGCAGAAACUUGUAUCUAUUCUCAAACACGUGUUGACAGGUGACCACGAAAGCGAGGCCGUUCAAACGAAUGCCAGUCAACCUGUCACGGCUCCAUUGUCGCCGAAGAAAUUCAUGAUAGACCCCCAAAAGGUCAACCAGCUUAAGGAGAAGGGCUACGAUGAAGAACUCGUCCGAGAAGCAUUCUACCGCACCAAUACUCCGCCAGUCACAAGUCUUACGAAUGCAGAAGAAUACUGCAGAGCGUUCACAUCCAACCCCCGGCGCAGACGUCUUCCAAUUCCAGACAGAGAGACCGACAUCUCGCCCCACUCCUAUGACACUUCAGGUGUGAUGAGUCCCCCAACGAAUUCUCAAUCAAACCUUCUGCCGACUGGACUUUUGAUUAAUCCGUCAAGCGAUGACAUUGACGCCGCUCUCGCUGAUGUCGCUAACAACGCUGUCGAUGAGAACGAGAUGGAAGAUGUGACAGAGUCCUACCCUCAGACGUCCACUACGCCAGGGGCUCCGGAGAAUGCUGCACCAACCGGAUCUUCGGCCAUGGAUAUCCAGAACAUACUCAAUGAAGAAGAGAAGUCUCAACAAGACCGGCCCGAGCCUUCGCAGCCAGAAUCACCACUGUCGUAUUCUGUUGAAUCAAUCACGGCUCAGCGAGCGGCAAUCCGUGAGGAUCUUGCCGAUCGCUGUAAUAAUAUUCUCAAUAAUCAUCAGAACCUAACUUUCGAGCUGUCAGACCUGAUCAUGAGUGCAACCAAGAAGCUGUCGGAGGAUCUUGCCAGAGACUACUGGAAAACAACUUCGGAUCUUUUGCUCGGCUCCCUAUUGUCAAUGCAAGUUGAAGAUGGGGCCAACGAAGCGCGAGGAAAGAAAAUUGCCGCCUCUGCCCAUCUUGUGGCUCUGCUUCUUCAGGACGCCGACGUAUUCAAUGAUACAUUAAAUAUCUAUCAAGAGUCUUUUGAUGGACUUUUAUCUUUUCUACGAUUACCGCCGGCAAAUGGACGUUCUGCAGGGGACUCAUUCCCCUGGGUAGCACCUGUCUUGUUGAUCAUCGAGAAGAUGCUGUCGAGAGACUAUGAACCAGCAGAAGUCAAGUGGGAUCCUCCAACUGAUCUUGAGUCCUCUAGCAAGGCACACCUCGUCCCUGUUUCUGUCUUCGACAUGGAAGAGAAGCUGGAACUAUUCGAUACUCUAGUGAAUCUACUGCCUCGUGUGGGGAAAGACAAAUCUAUGGCUUUGGCGAUCACUAGGGUUCUCGUCAUUCUCACACGAACACGAGAGAUAGCUACACGCCUAGCGGACAAGCGAAAUCUUCAGAGAUUUUUCCUCAUGGUCAAACAACUGGCAAACGGCGUUGGUCAUCGACUCCAGAGCUCAUUCAUGAUUGUCCUGCGGCAUAUUGUGGAGGAUGACGAAACCCUGAAACAAAUCAUGCGCAGCGAAAUCAAGGCUUUCUUUACCGCACGGAGCUCGACAAGGCAACCUGAUACUACUACCUACGUUCGGGACCUGUUUCAUCUCGUCCUACGCGCUCCUGACAUAUUUGUUCAGGUCACCGAUGAGAUGGUCAAGUUGUCAUCAUGGCAACCGCAUACCGGAAAUGGCAGUGUCGGCCUUGUGCUCAAGGAGUCGAAAGAAUCGAAUCCGGCUAAUGAUAAGAACAAAGCACCUGUCGAGCCUCCCAGCGAGAGCAGCGAUCUUGUGACGCACCCUGCAACAAGUGUUGAAGCCCCGGGGGACUUGUCGGAAGAGCCUAGCAAAAGCAAAGCGCCCGAAUUGAAGGCUCCAGUCGUUGAGCACCCUGAUGGUGUCAUCCACUUUAUUCUUUCAGAGCUACUCAAUUACAAGGAUGUCGAAGAUAAAGAAGUUGUCAAUGAGAGCUUGUCAGCAACAGGGGCGAACGGAAACAAUCUGAAUCAAGAACCUACCGCGUCAAGUCCAUCUGAGGAAGUCGCUAGCAAUGCCCAGGUCCAUCCGAAGCCGGAGAAAGUCAAGUUCAAACCAGAUGACCAUCCGAUUUUUUCCUAUCGAUGUUUUUUGAUGUACAGCCUGACAGAGCUUCUAUACUCUUACAAUCGUACGAAGAUCGAGCUCAUCAAUUUCUCGCGGAAAGCUGACCCGACGGCUGUCACACCGUCAAAACCUCGAUCGGGUAUUCUCAAUUAUUUCCUCAAUGGACUAAUUCCGUCCUGCUACGUCGACAAAGAGGAUUCACCACAGUACAAAAAGAAAUCGCAGAUCAGCGACUGGGCAAUCCGUGUAGUCGUUGCUCUCUGUUCCAAGACCGGUGAGUCUGGUGUAAGUGGUCCUCCUCAGCGAUAUUCCUCGCAGUCUCAGGUCGACGACAUGGACAACGAGCCAGACCUAACAUUCGUUCGCCGCUUCGUUCUCGAACAUGCCAUUAAAUCAUACAAGGAUGCAAUCACCUCGAAUGAACCCCUUCAGAUGAAAUACAGUCGUCUGCUAUGUCUCUCGGAUAUGUUCUAUCGACUUCUGGCGAAGCCAGUCGUCCCUGAAGGCUCUGCUGGGUCUCAAAAUACUUCGUACAAAGUCCUUGCUCGGAUGAUGUUUGAGAAAAACCUCACAGCGGUCUUAACUAGCUCCCUCGCCGAUAUUGACCUCUCGUAUCCUGGAUCCAAGAGAGUGAUUAAGUUCAUUCUCCGACCUUUGCAGGAACUUACUACUUUGGCUACAACCCUUAGCAUGACAUCUCCUGAUUUCUUCAAUUCCAUGGUGGGAAACAUGUCUGACGAAGUGAUUUCAUCGGCAUCCUCAGUUUCUGAUGUGGAUGAAGAACGGGAAGAAACUCCCGACCUUUUCCGUAACUCCGCUCUCGGCAUGCUAGACCCUGAUAGGGAUUCCGAAUCUGAUUCUGCGUCCGACGAGGAGGAUGAGGAUGAAGAGAUGUAUGAUGAAGAAUACGAAGACGAAAUGGAGUAUGAUGAUGGUAUCGGUGCAGGUCCGAAUGAUGAUGAAGCUGUUAGCGACGAAGAAGUUGACGAUGAAAUGCCUCCAGAGGGCGAUAUGGAAGGUCUUCCUGGUGAUAUACCAAUGGGCAUCGAAUUCGUCGUCGAUGAUCCGCACAUGGAAGCUGAUACCGACGACGACGAUGACGACGAUGACACCGAUGAGGAGGAGGAGGAGGAAGGGGAGGAGGAGGAGGAGGAAGACGAUGAGGAAGACGAUGAGGAUGCCGGCGAUAUGAACGUAGACGACGAGAAUGACAUCCUCAAUGAAGGCCGGGAAGAUGAGGGCGAAUGGGUGGAUGAAGAAGGCGAGGAAGAAGAAGGCAGUGAAGAGAAUGAUGAAAUUGCUGAAAUUGCUUUCAACGGUGACGAAAUGCCUUUGGAGGGACAUGGUGAUGGUAGGGGUGCAAGUGUCCUCAACAAUCUUCUCCGCGUCCUUGGUGAUCGCGACUUGGACGGCUCUGCUCACAUCCCGCAUCCCGUCCCUCCUGAACUCAUUGUCCCUGCUGCAACUUCUGGAGACCCUGGCGAUGAAGAGGACGAGGAUGAAGAGGACGAGGAUGGCGACGACAUGGAUGAAAAUGAAGAUUUGGAAUAUGGCGACGACUUCGAUCACUUCUUGGCGGUCCGUGGAGCGGGCCACAUCGACGAUCAUGGCGACCACCUGCUCUGGAAUGACCUUCCGAACAUCCGUCGCCAUCGGCAGAUUCGUGGUCCAGGUGGUCUUAUGUCUAACUUUGUAGGUCGGCGUGUUGGACAUCGGGAUGAAUUGCAUGCGAUGGGACGUCCAGGUCGCCUUCCGCCACAUGGGAGAUCUGGAGGCGACGAUGGGUUGAAUCCGCUCCUCCAGAGACCUCAACAGGACCACACUCGCCAGCAUAGAGGAGAUGCUCGCGCGCCCAAUAUUUUUCUUCCUCCCGGCCUUGAUAUUUCAGCAGUGGGUCCUGUCCCGCCGUUCGGAGCCACAUUCCAGACGAUCAUUAGAAACGGCGAUGGCCUUGAGGUUGGAGGCCACGGAGCCAUGCUUGAUGCCAUCAUUCAGGCGCUUCACCCAGGAGAAGAAGGGGGACGACUACAUUUCACUAUGACGGCACCAUUCUCGGAUCUUCGAAAUGUUUUAAGGUCGUCCAUCUCAGGCAUCGGCCACCGCCAUCAUUCCCGCGAAGAAUCCCCACGCGCGGGCGGCUUCGUCCCAGCGCUCACUCUCACAAGAUGGCAAGAAGAGGCGCGGCUUCUUUUCGGCAAUACUUACAUGGAGAAGGUCCAACGUGUUCAAAUUCUCAUCAUGUCGGUCCUAGUACCUCUUGCUCAGCUUGAAGAAAAGGACCGUCGCCGAAAACGAGAAGAGGAGCAGAAGGCUGAACGCGAAGAAAUGGAGAGACUUAGGAGAGAGCGAGAGAAGAAAGAAGCCGAGGAACGCGAAGCAGCUAGAGUUGAAGAAGAGCGUCGGCGAGCUGAGGCUGAAGCUGAAGCAGCGGCUGCUGCCCAAAGUCAAGAUCAAGAUUCUGCUGACCAUGAUGACGGCGACACAGAGCCCAUGGAAGAUGUCCAGGGUACCAAUGCAGACACCGGGCAAGAAAGUUCAGAAAUUGUAUCUGCCGGUAGAGACGAGACUGACUCGCAGCCUCGCGUUUUCACCACGAUCAGAGGUCAACAGAUUGACAUUACUGAUUUGGCAAUCGACACUGAGUACCUCGAGGCACUGCCUGAAGAACUCCGUCAAGAAGUCAUCAUGCAGCAGUACGCCACUCGGCGCGAGGAGGCUCGUCAAGAAGGGAACAAUCCGAGCGGGAUUGACCCAGACUUCCUCAACGCUCUUCCGGAAGACAUUCGAGAAGAGAUACGACAACAAGAGGCUCAUGCCCAACGCAGACGGAAUCGCGAAGAAGCUCGCAGACAAGCAGCAAACGCAGGCGGACCCGCUCAGGCCGAGGAGAUGGACAACGACACCUUCUUAGCGACUUUGGACCCCGCUUUUCGACGAGUGAUUCUUGCUGAGCAGCCGCCUGAGAUUCUACGUCACCUUGAUCCUCGGCAUGCUGAAGAAGGGCGUGCCCAUGCCAGACGUCUUUUCCAUUUUACCGGUAUAGGCGACCGGGAUGCUCGCGACGAACGAGCCAAUGAAGAUGGACCUCAGCGUGACAACAAACGACAAAUCAUUCAAAUGGUCGACAAAUCUGGGGUUGCUACCCUACUACGCCUCAUGUUUCUCCCACAGCAAGGGUCUCUUCGGACAAAUCUUUGGACCAUCCUCAAGAACAUUUGCGGAAAUCGGCAGACCCGAUUGGAGGUCAUUAAUCUGUUGCUUGUUGUUCUCAAGGAAGGAUCAACCGAUGUGACGGCCGUCGAGCGGAGCCUUGCCAACCUGUCCUUACGCGCCAAAGCGACAACUGGCCAGAAACCUCCUCAACCGUUGAAACGAACUCUGUCAAUGCAACCCGCAGGGGGCAUCAGCGACGAGGUCACUCCUCUGGUUGUCGUGCAACAAUGCCUAUCAGCAUUAAAGCAACUUGCACAUUACAAUGUUCACAUCAGGACCAUUUUCCUUCGUGAGGUUGACACCAAUACAACGUCUAAAAAGGGGAAAGGGAAGACCAAGGAAGUUCGAGCGGUGAAAUACCCCAUCAAUGAUCUCAUUGGCCUAUUGGAUCGGAAAUUGAUUGUGGAAAGCUCAACUUGUCUUCAAUCGCUGGCGGAACUCUUGUCUGCUGUGACUCAACCCUUGCCAAUGAUGUUGCGAAAAGACAGAGAAAAGGCGACCGACGAAGACAAGCCGACCGAUGCUGAGACUGCCAAUCAAGAUGAGCGACCUCCGGAUUCUGUUGCACCUGCUGAACCAAUACAAGCUGGCGGUGGGGAGCAGGACGUUCAAAUUCGAGAUGCUCCACCGCCUGCUCCCGAGAGCAAUGAUACCAGUGUCGCUACCAACAGUGCCGCUCAGGCGGGCGAGAUCACCGAGUCUACCACGAAUCCGAAUCCCAACUCCAGUAAUGAAGACUCGAAUAUUGAGGAAGUCAAGUCAAGGAAGCCAUUUGAACCCCCAGAAAUUUCGGAACACAACCUGCAACUGGUCGUGAGUAUUUUUGUUGCCCCAGAAUGCAAUAGUGAUACCUUCCACUCAACUUUGGAGACCAUGUCGAGCCUUUCUAGCAUCCCUGGUACGGCCGAGGCCUUUAGUAAAGAGUUGAUCCACCACAUCAAGACACUCUCUCGCGCCAUUUGUACCGACUUGGACGAGCUCAUACCCCAGCUGAGAGAGGCACAGUCGAUAUCAGAGAUACACGCACUAUCUUCAUCGAAAUUCUCUCACGGAGGGUCUGAUCAAGUCAAGCUUCUGCGAGUCCUGCAGGCAUUGGACUAUCUUUCGGCUCCAAAGCCGGAGAUCGGGGAAACAGAGGAAAGCCCCGUGGCCAAGAGCAUUUUAACAACUUCAUACGACAGCCUGGGCCUUCGUCCUCUCUGGGUCAAAUUGAGCGACUGCCUGACCGCCGUUCGUGAGAAAGACAACACCACCAGCUUUGCUACUAUUCUAUUGCCACUGAUAGAAUCGCUGAUGGUUGUGUGCAAGAAUACCUCUCUCAAAGAUUCGGUAUUGGCUCGUCAAGUUAGGGAGCAUAUACCUGGAAGUCCGGCCCCUGACGGUAUGGACGAUCUCCAGGAGCUAUUCUUCACUUUCACCACAGAGCAUCGUAAGAUCCUUAACGAUAUCAUUCGCCAAUCUCCGAAGUUGAUGCAAGGAAAUGGCAGCUUCAGCCUUUUGGUCAAGAACCCCAAAGUCCUGGAUUUCGACAACAAACGAGCGUAUUUUACCAAGCAGAUCCACUCCCGUCUGCAUCAACACAGACAAAUCCAGCCACCUUUGCAACUCAAUGUGCGUCGUGAUCAGGUGUUUUUGGAUUCCUACAAAGCCUUGUACUACAAAUCUGCCGAAGAAAUGAAAUAUGGUAAACUCAACAUUCGUUUCAACGGCGAAGAAGGCGUUGAUGCAGGUGGUGUCACUCGAGAGUGGUUCCAAGUCCUAGCUCGAGGCAUGUUCAAUCCAGAUUGGGCAUUAUGGCAACCGGUGGCCGCUGAUCGCACCACGUUCCAUCCCAACCCUCUCAGCUGGAUUAAUGGAGAGCAUCUUCUCUAUUUCAAGUUUAUUGGACGGAUUAUCGGCAAAGCAUUGCACGAAGGCCGUGUUCUUGACUGUCACUUCAGCCGCGCUGUUUACAAACGUCUGCUCGGCAAGGAACCAAACCUCAAAGAUCUCGAGUCAAUGGAUCUUGACUACUACAAGAGUCUGUUGUGGAUUCUGGAGAACGAUAUUACCGACGUCAUCACGGAAGACUUUUCCGUGAUUGAAGAACAAUUCGGCGAAGAGAAGGUGGUGGAUCUGAUUGAAAAUGGGCGAAAUAUUCCAGUGACCGAGGAGAACAAACGAGACUAUGUCAAUGCCCAGGUUCGCUAUCGUCUCACGACAUCAGUGCGAGAGCAGCUUGAGAAUUUCGUUCGAGGAUUCCAUGACAUCAUUCCGGCGGAACUUGUCGCCAUAUUUGAUGAGCAAGAACUCGAGUUGCUGAUUUCUGGCUUGCCCGAAAUCGACGUGGAUGAUUGGAGAGCUCACACAGAGUAUCACAACUACAAUGCUAACAGCCCGCAAGUCACCUGGUUCUGGCGGAUCGUUCGAGGCAUGAGCAAUGAGGAACGGGCGAAAUUGUUGCAAUUUGUCACCGGCACCAGCAAGGUACCUUUGAAUGGCUUCAAGGAUCUCGAAGGAAUGCAAGGGAACACGUUAUUCAGCAUCCACAGAGAUCCAAGUCAAUCCCGCCUCCCGACGAGCCACACCUGCUUCAAUCAGCUCGACCUACCCGCUUACAGCGACUACGAGACUCUCAAGAGCAACCUGAUGACAGCAAUCAAUUUAGGUGCUGACUAUUUCGGUUUCGCAUGA